UCACCGCCUUGGCAGUUUGGAAGGCACAAGCUGAAUAGUAGUCUGUCCUGUCAGGAAGCCGAAGGCUUGGAGUACUAGACUCUAGGCUUCCCUGUACGUGCAACCAAGAGCACAUCAGACCGUGCAUAGGUCGGAACAUACAGUGUCUCGAUAUGGGUCGCUUCGGGGGCGAAGUUCCUGCUUGGGUGAAAGAGGUCGACGGGUCUGUACAGUCUACAUUGAGUGACCUCGCGUUGGAGGCCCGCUCCUUCGAGAAUAACGACCGGCAUCGAACACGAGGUCUUGCAAUUCGCCUAUCGCGAAAGUGUAAUCGCGGACGAUGCGCUCAACACGCGCUAGGAAGUGCGCUGCACGCUCGUUGAUGUUUGCUGGUACCUGCGACAGUGAAGCAUCGCCUCUUGACGACUAGGA